AUGGGCGGUGCGCAAUCAACCAAAAAGCACGAUAUCAUUCGAGUUUUGACUUCUGAGACGACCUUGGACGAGGAGGACGUCGUCAUCGCGCGCGUUGACGAUUUGGAAAUCGGCAAGAGAGGAGAGGAUGAAACUGGGCAACGAAGUGACUCAGCGACUGCUUCGAAACGUAAUGGGAUCACCAUCGCCCUCGAUGGCGUGGGAAACGAAAUGAAACUCUCCAACACGUCUCUCAAGACUAUCCUGAGCGAUGUCAGCGGCGUCAUCGAGUCUGGCUCAAUGGCAGCGGUCAUGGGACCCAGCGGUGCGGGGAAAACGACUCUUCUCGAUUUGAUCAGUCAGAGGAAAACAGAGGGAAUCAUACAUGGGCGAGUGCUGUUUGAUGGUGUCGUGCCUACACUUUCGGCGAUUAAGAAGUACACGGCGUACGUGCCGCAGACCGAAGCGUUCUUCGGCCCCGCGACCGUUUACGAGACCGUGCUUUUUGCCGCCAUGAUAAAGCUUCCUGGCACGUCGCGCGAGGAUAUCGAGCAAAAGUUUGAGAUGGUGGAGCACGUUAUCGAUCAGAUGGGUCUUUCGAAGUGUCGAGAUACAAAAGUUGGUAAUCACGUCAUUCGUGGUAUUUCUGGAGGGGAGCAGAAGCGACUGGCUGUUGCAUCUGCGCUCUGCACGAGUAAUCCCCGAGCAAUGUUCCUUGACGAACCAACGAGCGGCUUGGACUCUACCAUGGCUGCUGAAGUUAUCAAGAGUCUUUCUAGGCUCAAUCGCGAAGAUGGACGCACUUUAAUCGUCACGAUUCAUCAACCGUCGAUGCACGUGUUCCAGCAUUUCACUAAGCUGUGCCUUUUACAAGAUGGGAAACUCGCCUAUUUCGGCAAAGCUGGACACAAUCCUAUGGAGUUUUUUGUCGCUCAGGGUUUCCCCUAUGAGCCCGGUUUCAACAUUGCUGAAUAUUUCAUCGACACGAUUUCAGUGUCGGAUCACGGUUGCACGGCGUACUAUCAGAGUUCGGCUCUGAGUCGUGAAAAUUUGGCCAAAGUGGCGGAGAUCACAUCGCUGAAUUUACCAAUGAACGCCAUGACCAUCAACACCGAAUCGUCGGCGAAUGGAAAGGGAAAAGAUUCUCCGUACGCUCAUGAUUCGUUGACCGAGUUACGAAUAAUGCUACGAUUCAAGGAUGCUCCUCGAUGGCGCGAUGGAAUGUUUUGGUUUACCCGUCUCGGACUGUAUUCCAUUCUUGCGUGCCUGUUGAGUGCAUUUUUUUAUCAACAGAAGCACACGCCGAGCGGACUUCUGAACAUUAACGGGAUCGCAUUCAUCGCCAUCAUACUUCCAACGUUCAUGGCGCAAGUCCACGUCGAAGAACUCAAAUUCGAGAGAGAGCUUUACACGAGACAUUUUCACGACUCGUACUAUCGUCCAAGCAAUUUCAUCGCAUCAAAGAUCAUCGGCGAAUUACCGAUGACCGUGAUCACCGCGGUGAGUUUUUCCUCCAUUUUGCACUGGGCCGUCGGUUUCAAUUCCGAGCCAGAAGCUUUCUUCUUUUUCUGCCUGGUAAACUUCGUCACGUUUACCAUUGCGCAGCUCAUUGGCUGCACAGUUUCGGCUACGCUCCCAGGCGACGUGGGUCCAGCUAGUGUCCUUCCGAUGUUCAGCACGUUGAACAUGUUAGUUGGAGGCUUUUUUAUUCGAGCGAGCACGAUUCACGACGCGUGGCAGUGGCUCUAUCGCGUCUCUUUCAUUCAGUGGGCCUGGAGCGCGGUGAUGGUCAACGAGUACACCAACGGUGACGGGACGCCGAGACAGUUCUACGAUCACUGUGGGUCACCCACCGGAGGCUUAGACGAACUUAUUGAGCAAAUCUCACUGCCAGAGUCCUCUUUACGAUUGCUUAGACUCUUCUUCACGAGGCAAACGGAAUGUGACCCGAUAUCGGGCGAUUCGGUCCUUCGCACGUUUUCACUCGAGGACAGAAACCGCUGGAUGUCCCUGCUCUACGCAUCAAUCUCCAUCCCAGUGUAUCUGAUCACAUUCUACUUUGGUGUCUCGCGCGUAAGGCACGAGAAACGAUGA